AUGUCUCCCCUCGACACCGUCUUCCCCGCUGACUCUGUCGAGUUCUGUCCCCAUCCCUCCUUCGCCGACAUCUUUGCCUGCGGAACCUAUCAGCUAGAGCAGCCCGACUCGCUACCGCCUUCCCCAGACGAAUUGGAUGAAGAUGUCGCGCACCCCGUAGUGCCACGGAAACAGCAGCGCAAGGGCGAAUGUCUCCUUCUCCGCGCGCAGACAUCGGACGACGGAGAGCAACUUUCGCUAUUGCACAAGACUUCGCUUCCGGCAAUACUCGAUAUGAAAUGGUGCCAUCUAGCGUCGUCCAUUGACCCCACACUGGCCAUAGCUGAUUCAGAGGGGAGCAUAACAUUGCACUCCCUUCGAGAUGACGAGUUAACCUUGGAGCGUGUUUCUUCCGUCGCCUGUGCCCCGAAAGACGUCCUAUGUCUGUCCCUUGACUGGUCCAACCGUCGCUCCCAAACCACCUCUUUGGGAUCCCUCAUAGUCUCUCUCUCCGACGGUCGCCUUGCCCUUCUGCAGGACGACGGUGGUACUGGCUUGACUGUUACCAACUCUUGGUCCGCGCAUGAAUACGAGCCGUGGAUUGCUGCUUGGAACUACUGGGACACGAACGUCGUCUACUCCGGAGGAGACGACCUCAAGAUGAAAGCCUGGGACAUCCGUUCAGAUGCUUCACAACCUAUCUUCACAAAUAAACGUUUCGAUGCCGGGGUGACAACCAUUCAAAGCAACCCUCACAUUGAGCAUAUUAUUGCUGUCGGCAGCUACGACAACACCGUCCGGCUCUUCGAUGCCCGCAAGCCCCUUACUCCGCUGACCCAAGCGGAAGUCGGCGGUGGUGCCUGGCGUGUCAAAUGGCACCCCUCGCCUACGCGCCAGAACGACCUUCUUGUUGCGUGCAUGCACGACGGGUUCAAAGUUGUCCGCUUCAACUUCAACGGUACCGGCAAUGUGGAUCUCGCAGCAUACAAUGGGGCGCACCCACAACAAUGGGAGAUAACGGCGCGCUUCGACGAGCACGAGUCGCUUGCAUACGGCGUAGACUGGAGCUAUGCAGGGGAGGGUGGUGCAGAGGAUGACACGCUCAUUGCGAGCUGUUCGUUCUAUGAUCAUGCAUUGCAGCUCUGGCGGGGAUGA